AUGUAUGUGCGUAUACGUACAAUCUACACAUCACCAUCUGCACAUCUAUGGACGCACAACAAGAAACGUAUUUUCUUCAUCUGGCAACAAGUUUCAUCUGAGAAGAGGACGACAUCUGAUCGAAUAUUUUACGCAUUUCCUCACCGUGCCGACUCCACGUUCUUGCAAAUAACGAUAAUGCUUGAAGAGUCAGCAGGGCGAAAAUCGGACGAUUCGAACGCUAACGAGAAUGUGACAACGGUGAAUCUGCGCGAUGCUGCGCCUCGAGAGCCACUGUUGUCGAGCGACAAUAUUACGACAGUGCUAAUCGACGCUGCAGAUUGCUCGUCUUUUGAUUUCCAAAUCUCGUCAGGUGCGGCAUCGAAGGCAAGAGAGAGCAUAACUACUGACGGUCGUCAAUGGAAUUGUGAUCAGAAUGUAUUUGCUUCAGUCAAACUUCGGAAAACAACGGGAUCGACUGAACGGAAUAUUUUCGCUGAAAAUUUCUUAUCCUCCCAACUGUUUUGUUAG